UCAACGUUGGUGGCGCUUGUCUGUCGAAGUUAGGGAAUUCCCUUCCAUAAAAAAUCUUGAUUGAGUGUGACUGAAAGCUGUGGACGUUGCGAACGAAAUGCUUGAAGCAUUAAACUUUUCCGUAGCUUUGUAAUACAUUUACCAGUUACCAUGGUUACGACCGAAAUUAUGUGACAAUCUUCCCUAGAGAACUGUUCAUAGCCAGGAAGGAAAAUCGAUUCGUACAAUUGUUUGACUAUGGCAAGUACCAACCCUGCUAAAGAUCCAAAUGAAUCCUCUGAAAUGGCGACCCCUACAUCAGAGAGCAUUGUGCAAGCAGUCGCGGUUUAUGCUUCCAGCAAAGAUGCAGAAAUCAAGGAGUUGAAAGCUCAACUUGCAGCGGCUGAGAGUGAAAAUUUGGACUUGAAAAGUCAAAAAGCCACGUGGUUCUUGGACAUGUUGGAGAAGAAAUCUCUCAGUGAUCGUGUAGAGAAGCUUGACAGAGAGUUGAAGAUGCUGCAGGAUCUUCAACGGCGUCCAGCAGCAGGCGUGUCAAGCAUGGGUGUGUCAAGCAUGGGUGUGUCAAGCAUGGGCGUGUCGACUGAUGGCAGAGGCGAUGCUGCACCGGGGCCGCUGCUUUCCAGAGUUGAGAGCCUUGAGAAAGGCAUGGCAAGUGUCCGGAUUGGAGGUGAGCAUCCCGAGUCUUGCCCUUCGCCCGUCUGCUCGGAGCAUCUUGUGGAAACAGAUGGCCAGAUGACCGACUUGCCCAACACCCAUGUGAAGCCAGCACUGCAGGCCGGAUCCGACGUUCCGCAGACAGAAACAACAGCUGCAGGAGGAGGCAAAGUACCGGCAGGAAGAGCGGCAGUCUCGGCUGAGACCAAAGCCGCAGCUAUGGCCUCCCAACAAGGCGCCUUUGACAAGCUUGAGAGCGGAAGUUACAGCUUCGUCCAAGUCUCCAGCAAGGAAAAAGUGACCGAGUGUCCCGUCAGUACAGAAAUGAUGGAAUGGCUCUCGGAAAAUCUCACCCUUGCUGACUGGAAACCGUUGAUGCGAAAGCUGGGACUUACGGACGUCGAGAUCGGGAAUGCAAGUUUUGGCCACCCACACGUAGUGGAGCAACGCUACCAGUGUUUGCUGCACUGGCGUAAGACGCACUCCAGAUCAGCCACAGUCCCCACCUUGCUGACCGCCAUCCGUGCGAAGUCGCUGCAUCAGCUGGCCAGGGAUUUCUGCAAGGAGUUCCCUGCGGAGAGCUCCCCUGUUGAAACCAAGCGAGAGUCUACACCUGAGCUCACGAGGAAUUUCUUAAGUAACCUGGAGAGGUUCUUGGAUCCAUUUGUGGCUGACUUCGACGCCCUUAAGCAAGACCUGCACAAUGGCCCCAGAAUUUCUCCAGGGCAGUGCCUCAAGAUCGGAUACCGAUCGCAAGAGGGAAACGGCCGACUUGACACUGUCAUGGAGGACUGGAGUUCUACGUAUUACAAGAAGAAUAACUCGGACAGCGAGUUGGACAAACGCUGGGCGCUUCGGAAGUUUCUCCAGAACUGGGGAAAAGAAGUACGAGCUAUCUUCAAGAAACACGUCAACCAGGGAGGAGUGAUAGGCCCUGCUGCGGGAGAUGAUGCCAAGAUUGGCAAUUUGCCCUACUCAACGAUUCAAGACAUUGAGGAGAUGCUGAGCUACACUGACGGUGUGCGCAACUGGAAGGAUCUAGCCGAUUGGCUGAGGAAGCAGCACCAGAGCGUCUUUCAGCCGGUCACCAAGAACAAGAUACGACUUUGGGAGAACGACCCUGACCCACGCAAGGGCGCCAAGAGUGUCUUACAAGUCUGGGAGACCACCACCCAAGCCAAAGUGGGCGCCCUCUAUUCGUGGCUGGUGGAGAACGGACGCCUGGAUAUAGCAAAGGUCUUGGAAUAAUUAAGUUAGGUAGAACACUGCUGUAGCAAAAAAUAGAUUGUCUUGUUUAGCGGUCGUUCCUUAAAGCGAUUCCAAGAUGGCGUUUUGUGUACAUAAGGUGACUUGUAUGUUGCACAUCCAACUGUAAUUUGAAUUUUGGACUUUUUGAGAUACGGUCAAUUUUUGGAAUUACGGAGGCAACUGUUUCCAUCCAACGAACGCUGAAGUCCGUACGGCCUCCCAUUUCAAAGAUAGUAGGCCGUAUCUCAUGCAAAAUUUUGCAUGUUUGAUAACGUAAUACAAAACGACAUAUGUUUAGAUACAUUAAAUUCGUGCUGAAUGCGACAAAACUUACAGGAGUUACGGCUUUGUGCACAGUUAUUCUGUAUUUAAACAGGAUUCGUGAUUGAAAUUACGUCUUUUGUUUGGCUUCACCGUUAACGAGAAGCUAGAUUUUAUUCAAUGUAAAUUCUAAGAAGGGAUGUCAUAAGCAUGUCAGGUGUUUAUAUAACGUGUACAUAGUAUACCUGUGCUUUUUUGAAAAGCAGAGAUAAAUAUCUGUAGUUUUUAAAUUCUUUCCAAAAAUUGGUGUUGAUCGCAUUCCAUUGUGUUUUACAUCUCAUAAGUAACUGGAGCUGGUUUAAUUGAACUGGUCAAUAGGAACAUGGCCAACAAAAAAAAAAAAACGAAAAGAAAAAAAGAAACUGUUAUAAACAGUAUAAACAUCACUGCUGUAAAAACAAAUUGUUUAUUCUAUAAAUAUUUGUAGUACCUUAUGAAAAUUGUUUACAAGCAUCACGACUAACAAAUAUGUACAGACACAAGAAAUAUAAUCUGUGGUAUAAAAAAAGGGCUCAAUUGAUUGCAAAAGAGAAAAUAUAGAAGACCUUGAAGGUUUUAAUCCAGUUGUUGAGUUUAAUGGUAUACUUUUGUGCGUAGUUAUCUUGUAUAUUGAAAUUGUGGUUUUUUGGGGGGUUUUUUUGCUUCACUGUUAAAAAGAGUAGCUGAUUUUGUUCAAUGUAAUCAACAUGAACUUAAAAUGUGCAUGAAGAUUGUUUAAAAAUGGAUUAUAGAGAUAAAAACGCUUUAGUUUAGCAGAUUACAGUUGUGCAUUGUUGAACGUAACCUGUAACAUCUCUUAAAUGUAUAUUCAUAAAUACCUGGGGCAGUUUUGCCAUUCCCAUUGGUUGAGAGCCCAUCACAUGGGUGGUCUUAUACUGCCGUUAAAGACCGAUGCUUAAAACAGCGUUCCAUGUCGCAUGGGUGUUGUGCGCACCGCACAUGCCAGCUACAUCCUGCUGCUUCAAAUCCACUGAUAUGAUCUCCUUAUAAGGAGAAUGAGACGUUUAGCAAACUACACGUCGGAACGCGACAUGCACCAUAAAAGUGGCCUGAACAUGGAGUAAAACGUUGAACCGAAACAUCGUCGGAACUUCGUCAGUUUUUUUGACAUUUAUGAACUUUUGACCAAAAAGGUAUUCAUGAUGGGAGUUAUAGUGUGUGGUGGAGCAGUUUUAAACGUUUCGUUAAAACUGGUGUAGGGCCUCAUCGCCAGUAUUCGGCUCGGGCUCAUUAUUGGCAUCCAGGCAACUAACCAGUUUGAACCCAGAUGUUUACAAAUGCUCUCCCUCAUUAUUAUUCCCGUAUAUGCACCCAUGCAUAGUUUGUUAUUGAAGAUUUUUGGUUUUAAUCGUGAUCAGCAAUAUUGGAACCUGCGAAACAAAAUGUCCGGUAGAACAUCAUGCAUAGCAUUGUCUGUCAAGUUUGUAAGAUUUCGUUGUUUUUCAAUUUCUUAAUGUCUUCCAAAAAAGGAAAUAAAAGAUGGCAAUUCUGAAACUGACAUUAAUACAAGUGCUUUUCAAAAAGGCCGAGGGAGGGGGGGGGGAGGAUAAUAUGCUGCAGUUUCCAAUAUUGUGACAAUAUUAUGUACUCGGUAAUUGUAAUAAAAAUCUUUAGUACGAUGAGUUCUGGUAUAUUCAUUUGUUUUAUCAAAUUUAUUAACAUGUAUAAACAAGAUGCACUGUUUUUAAAACAGUUUAUAUUCUGUAAAAAUAUGUAACAACUUAUGCAAAUUCUUUCCAAGUAUGAAGUGAAAGGUUAUCUGUGAUGAACUCUUAACAUAAAACGAGACGUAAUACUGAAUGGUUUCCUCGAUUGUUUUAAUUAGAAAUUUUGGCCAGCACUUUACAUAUAGGUCUGAUGGUCCUAUGUUCAUGUGGUUGAAGCCACUUCCAUGCCCAGUGAUAUAAGAACCUUUUCUGUUAAAGUUAAUGGACGUCAUUUGCAAAACAAUAUGUAUUUUUGCCAAUUCAAGGAACAAAAUACAAUAAAUCUGAAGCAGGAAUUAAAAAA